AUGUCUUUAGUAACUUUGGAAAAGAGGUCUCAUGUGGACCCAGAACCAUACAGAAUCAAGCUCGAAGAUGCUGACAGAGUCUUGGGCCCAAAUGCGUCUAUCCCUCGCAAUACUUCCAUACCUGUCAAGCAUUCCUCUUCAAAUGUGACCAUUGUCGGCGCAGGGUUCGGAGGUAUUGGCUCUGCUAUGCUGAUCAAAGAAGAGUUGAAAGAAAAUGACUUCGUCUUGUUCGAAAAGCACGAUAACUUUGGAGGUACCUGGUACGCCAACACUUAUCCAGGAUGUGCAUCUGAUAUCCCUGCAUUGUGGUACUCGUUUUCCAAGGAAAUGAAUACGAACUGGAGUCGUAUUCAGCCUCCUCAAUACGAGAUGGAAGAGUACAUUUUGAAAGUUGUUGAAAAACACGAUCUCAGAAGAUACGCAAAGUUUCAACACGCAGUGAAUGAAGUCAGGUACAACGAGGACGGAACCUGGACCUUGGAGGUCACCGACUUGAAAACUGGAGGUAUCAUUCUCCACACCACCAAGAUUGUCUACCUCUGUGGUGGAGGCUUGGUCCAUCCAAACCAGCUCAAAGCCAAGGGCCUUGAGAAUUUCAAAGGUGAAUACAUGCAUUCUGCUCUCUACGACCACAGUGUUUCUUUGAAGGGUAAGAACGUUGUCAUUGUUGGUAAUGGGUGCUCUGCCAACCAACUUGUGCCUGCCGUCUUGGACCGCUUUGACCCCAAGUCAGUGGUCCAAAUUUCGAGAUCCAAGCAGUAUAUCAUGCCUCCAAUUACCAAAAUCCUCUAUUACUUUUACAGAAUAUGUUCGGUGACUACAUUUACCCUGCUUCUCUGCAGAUGGUUGGUUGUAAUCAUCGCGGAGGCCCGUUUCCCAUUGUUCAAGGGUAAUAGUUUGAUUUCCAGAAUAGUCAGAAAAUUCAAUGCCGUCCUUUGUCUUCGUUACAUGAGAAGAAACUGUCCAAAGAAAUUCCAGGACAAGGUCAUUCCCGAGUUCAAGGUUGGGUGCAAGAGAUUAAUUUUCGACUACAGCUACCUCAAGUCCUUGCACGAUCCAAGAAUUGACCUCAGAUCUGAAAACAUUGAUCAUGUCAAGGAACGUUCUAUUGUUCUUACUGAUGGCUCUGAGAUUCCUGCCGACGUGAUUAUUGCUUGUACUGGCUACGACCUCACGAAGAGUUUCAGUGCACUCAAUGUUGUUGGACGUAACAAAACCACCGUACUUGAUUUCUGGACAAAGCAGGGUGUCAGUGCAUACGAAACCAUUUUGGUUCGUGAUUGUCCAAACAUGUUCUUCAUUGGUGGUCCAAAUUCUGCCACUGGACACUCGUCUGUGGUUAUGGCUAUCGAAAAUGGUUUGACUUUCGCAAGAAAGAUUUCUAAACACAUUUUGGACGGUAGAUACAAGUCGGUGGUUGUCAAGACCAAGAAGUACAACGAGUGGUUCGAAAGGAUUCAGAAAGAGCAUAAGAAGAGUGUCUUUGGCACUCCAUUUGGAGGCUGUCAAUCAUGGUACACCUUGAACAACGUGAACUUCACCACUUAUCCAUACUCGCAACUCACCUAUUGGUGGAACAUGAACCACCCAAGAUGGCAAGAUUUUGAGAUCGAGUAG